UUCUCUCUCGCACGCGCUCUCAAUGCGUUUGGAUACCAAGAAAAAUAAGAAGAAAGACAGAAAAGAAACAUUUACGUACGUAUAAAAUUCGCCGGCCGAGGUGGAACAUUUCUCUCAAGUCGUCGAGAAAGAGAGAAAAUUUAGAGAGAAAGUGAGAAAAAUUUAUUUAGAGAAACAAAAGACAGACAGACAGACAGACAGACGAAUCGUCUAAGCAAUUACCAAUUACCAAUUGUUUAUACAUAUAUAUAUAGUUACGUGUGUAAAUAUUGUAUUUAUAUACCUAUGACCUUGUCUCUCUCUCUCUCUCUCUCUCUCUCUCUCUCCCUCUCCCUCUCCCUGUGUCUUGAAUCUUCUUCCCUCCUGUGCCCUAGAUCUCAAAUACCUGUAAUAAGAAGUUUUGCUGAAUAGAUCUUUUUGAUUUAAUUAUCGAGUUCGUGAGAUACAUAGAGAUCUCUCUGUAGCCUGCGCGUCUCGGUCAAUCAAUCAGCUUGCAGAUUCAUUUUCCACCUAAAUCAGUUAAUUGAAGGCUGGUUUUAGGUUCUCAGGUGUUUAUUACUUAAUAAACAAGUCCUGGUUCGAGAUUCUGGAUAUUGUAUAAGUUAUUUUGGAGUCAAGCUGUUAUGUAUUAAUUCCAGAUGAAGACAGGUCAGGCGUGGCGUCUGAGCAUGAAAGACAUGCAGAUGUUGCAUGCGCCUCGCCACCGUGCCCACUUGAGGAAGCCAACAUGGAUCAUUGUUUUGGUUUCAUUGGUCAGUGUGUUUUUGAUUUGUGCUUAUGUUUAUCCACCACAGAGCUCAGCUGCAUGUUAUGUGUUCUCUUCUAAUGGGUGCAAAGGUUUUUCCCAUUGGCUACCACCUGCUCCUACUAGGGAGUUUACUGAUGACGAGAUUGCCUCUCAUGUCGUGAUCAAUGAUAUUUUGAGGAUGCCUCCAGUUCAAUCAAACAACCCUAAGAUUGCUUUCCUGUUCUUGACACCAGGUUCAUUACCUUUUGAGAAGCUGUGGGAUAUGUUUUUUCAUGGCCAUGAGGGCAGAUUCUCUGUCUAUGUACAUGCAUCUAAGGACAAACCUGUACAUUUUAGCCGUUACUUUAUCAAUCGAGAAAUUCGGAGUGACAGGGUUGUGUGGGGAAAGAUUUCAAUGGUCGAUGCAGAAAGGCGCCUGUUGGCAAAUGCACUGAAAGACCCUGAGAACCAACACUUCAUAUUACUUUCUGAUAGUUGUAUUCCAUUGCAUGAUUUUGACUAUGUGUUCAACUAUCUGAUGUACACAAAUAUCAGCUUUGUUGACUGCUUUGAGGAUCCUGGUCCACAUGGGAGUGGCAGGUAUUCAGAGCAUAUGUUACCUGAAGUAGAUAAGAGUGACUUCCGGAAGGGUGCACAGUGGUUCACGAUGAAGCGCCAGCACGCAUUGGUAGUAAUGGCUGACAGUCUCUACUACUUGAAAUUCCGGGAUUACUGCAAGCCAGAUAUGAAUGGGCGCAAUUGCUAUUCCGAUGAACAUUACCUGCCCACCUUUUUCCAUAUGAUCGAUCCAAAUGGCAUUGCAAACUGGUCAGUGACAAAUGUUGAUUGGUCUGAGGGAAAGUGGCAUCCAAAAUCAUACAGGGCUCACGAUGUUACUUACAAGCUCUUGAAAAAUAUUUCUUCUAUUGAUGAAAGUGUGCAUGUUACUAGUGAUGAAAGGAAGGAAGUGCAGGUUAGUCCGUGCAUAUGGAAUGGAAUGCAAAGGCCGUGUUACUUAUUUGCGAGGAAGUUUUUGCCAGAUGCACUGGAUAACUUGAUGCAGCUUUUCUCCAAUUACACAGCAAUUUGAAUGUGAUAAACUCAAUUCUAAUUCUUUGGUCGGACCAGCUCUAGCAGUUGCUCUUGACACUACUUCGUUUCUCAUGUAGCCUUAGAAUGUUGUAAAGUGCCUCAUUAUAGAAGGAUCGAAUGCCCAAUCCGACCCAACCAGACCUGACCCGGGCUCCUUUUUUGAGUGCAAGGGCAAAUGACAAAUGGCAAGUGGCAAAGCAGUUGAGGGAGAUCUUGAGUUGAGCUGAAAGUUGAGAAGCCGUUGCUAGCAUUAUUGCUUCCUUGGUGUUGGGGAUGGGUGAAUUAGUGUUCAUUGUUAUUGUUAUUUUUAUUUUUUCAGGGACAUUUUGGGCUCAUUUUAUGUUAUAAUUUUUAGAUUUUUUGACAGAAAUUUUGGGUACUUGAUUUCAUUGCAGUUAAUUGUGGGUUGACUACCUUUGUAGAAGUUGAAAAAUGUGAAUUUUCUAAUGUUGUAUCACCAGCUACAGAAUCUCACAUUCUAUAUAAUAUAUACGUCCUAACAUCCGGAGACUAAAUUGCA